UCAAGUUAUUCACGGUUCGCAAGUGUCAAAAGCGUUAUCACUGCGGGGCUGUGAGCUACUGAAAAGCAGUAAGAAAUGAUAAUUUAUACAAUCCAGUACACACCAUCAUUGAUCUCUCCAACGACGGCGAAUUGAUCUCUUCAAUGGCGGCAGUGUACGACGGUGACAGUUGAUUGCUCCAGCGCAAACGCCAUGACUUGCCUGAUCGACCGGGGAUUGAUUUGCUGAUCAACGACCAGUUUCUUGCACCAAGGAAACGUUUUUUUGUGCUUGAUAAAAAUCUGGUAGUUGCGUAGUAAUUAUUUUUAGCUAUACGGUUGAAAGACAACUUUUCUUUUUUUACUGUCCCAAUCGACAACGUCGUUCCCUCGCUCUUUCGGUUGCGGCCACCUGCUUUCACGGAUCGUUAACCUAUGAGGAAGGAUUCUGUUCCUAAUCAUCCUUUAUUUUGCUUGAAAUUGCCUUGGGAUAUUCAACAACAUUCUAAAAACCCUAAUGGCUGUUCAUUUGAGACUCCUUGGGUAUUCAAAUCUAUGCACACUCUUGGAUCAGUUGCUUUCAAUUCAUUUAAUUCAAUUUCUAAUUCUUGGAUCAGUAACUUUAAUCCCAUUAAAUUGGAUCCCCAAACAAGCAAAACUAAACCACUGAAGGUGUUGACUCCUGACGAGCAAGGAGAAGCUGAGCAAAGAGCGUUUGCCUCAGCGUUAGCUAGCGGGAAACUAGCUACAGUUCUUGAAUUCUACUCACCCAAAUGCAGCCUAUGCAACUCUUUGCUUAAUUUUGUGUCGGAGGUCGAAGGCAGGAACUUAGGUUGGCUCAAUGUUGUUAUGGCUGAUGCAGAGAAUGAGAAAUGGCUGCCUGAGCUCCUCCAUUAUGACAUAAGAUAUGUUCCUUGCUUCGUACUGUUGGAUAAAGAUGGGAGGGCACUGGCAAAAACUGGCGUUCCAAGCAGCCGGUUACAUGUAAUUGCAGGUCUAUCACAUCUUCUCAAGUUGAAGCGGCCUCAAAGUAACAAUGAACACAACCUACAUUUGAAUCUCUCUCACUGCCUCAUUACCAUUUCCUGCUGGAAUCAAUCAUAGAUGUUGGACCAUUUCAGUUUGAAGAUAAUUGUGCAGGGCACAUGAUGUGAGACAGCCAUUCUAACUUCCUGCUGUAUUUAGGAAAUGGCAAAUUUAAUGCUGGGAUUAAUAAAAGCUCCGCAAGUGUGCUGCUUGUUCUGUAUCACGUGAUGACUAGCCCACUUAAAUUUGUCACCUUGCAAAAUUAGUUUAGGGCAAAAACAUUGAAUUAUUAGACAUUUUCUGGCCAAGAAGUUGAAUUAAUUAAUUAUACACGCC